AUGAAGCUCCUUUCAGUAUUCGGCUCUUUGCUGUGUGCUUCCACAGCUCUUGCUGGAAGUUCGCCACACAAGCGUGGUGUCUUCGAGAAGGUCCGGCCUGCUGUUGAGAGGCGUAUGCCUGGAGAGUCUUUCAAGCACCCUGAGAUUCAGAAGCGGGCUGAGAGCUUCUUCUUGACCAACAAGACUGAGUCUUUUGCUGUCAACGGCACUGGUAUUCCAGAGGUUCCUUUCGACAUUGGCGAGAGCUACGCUGGUCUGUUGCCCAUUUCGGAUGACCCAGAGGAGACGCGAAAGCUCUUCUUUUGGUUCUUUCCUUCGACCCAGGUUCAAACCCCUGAGGAAGUGGUUAUCUGGCUCAAUGGUGGCCCUGGUUGCUCUUCGCUCAGCGGUUUCCUCACCGAGAACGGCCCGUUCACGUGGGAGUCUGGCACACUCGCCCCUGUCCAGAACCCUUACUCAUGGACCAACCUGACCAACAUGCUCUGGGUUGAACAACCCGUAGGUGUUGGCUACUCGCAAGGUACCCCAAACAUCACCGACGAAGUUGAGCUCGGCAACCAAUUCCGUGGUUUCUACAAGAGCUUCGUUGAUCUCUUCGGACUCUACAACUGGAAGACUUACAUCACCGGAGAGUCUUACGCCGGUUACUAUGUUCCCUACAUUGCCGACAGCUUCAUCACUGCCGACGAUGACAAGUACUUCAACCUUGCUGGUAUCUCCAUCAACGACCCCAUUAUUGGUGAUGAGACCAUCCAGCAGCAGGUUGUCCUUCUCCCAUUCGUCAACUUCUGGCAGAACCUGCUGUUCCUGAACGACACAUUCAUGGAGGAGAUCACCCAGCACCACAAGGAGUGUGGCUACACCGACUACAUGGACAAGUACUUCACGUUUCCCCCACCACAGGGCGCUUUCCCCGUUCUUCCAGACCCAUACAGCUCGGAGAACUACACCUGCGACCAAUUCGACAACUUUUACUCUGCCAUCCUUGAGGUUAACCCUUGCUUCAACAUCUACCACAUCACUGAGACUUGCCCUCACCCCUACUCCCAGCUCGGCAUAGUCAACACUGGGGACUACUCUCCUCCAGGUGCCGAGAUCUACUUCAACCGCACCGACGUCAAGCUGGCGCUCCACGCCAACGUCAGCACCGAGUGGCUCCAGUGCACCAACACCAACGUCUUUGGCAACGGUGAUGAUGAGGGCUCUGAUGCUUCCCCUGGACCCGCCAACAACGGUGUUCUCCAGCGCGUUAUCGAGUAUACCAACAACACCAUCAUCGGCUCUGGUGACCUCGACAUGCUCCUCAGCACCAACGGUACUCUCUUUGCCAUUCAGAACAUGACCUGGAACGGCGCCCAGGGUCUCUCCGAGUACCCAUCUACCCCUCUUUACGCACCUUACCACCCAGAGUACAACGGUGGUGCGCUUGCUGGCGCCGGUUACCAGGGAUACUGGACUGCUGAGCGUGGUAUGACCUUCUACACCGCCCGUCUCGCCGGUCACGAGCUGCCUGGUUACACUCCUGGUGUUGCUUACCGCAUGUUGGAGAUUCUCCUCGGAAAGGUCAAGGACUUUAGCAGCACCGAGAACUUUUCUACCCAGAGCGGCCACUUCACCGGUAAUGGCACCAUCUACAGACGUGGUCUUGGUAUGGGUAGCAUGUCCUUUUAG